GUCAGACGUUUCUGUGGGGAGGUCUGUCGGUGUAAAGUGUUUUGGCUCGGUGCUUCGUUCUGAGCGUUAGUUGAAUAAAGUUGUGAGGAGCACGCGCUUGUUGCGACUUCUUGCCACUUUGAAUCAACUCUGUGGACACAGCCCGCGCGCGUCUUCCCAAGCCAAUCACCGGGGAUAUCUCUGAGGUCGCAACUCUGUAAUUUUGCUCUUCUGCCGGUUCCAAACAAUACAGUGCAACAGUGUAAUCUUUAAGACUAGUCUAUAAUGGACGAGGACAACACCGUUUUGCCUGAGCUGAAGGAUAUAGAGACAAAAUUGGGCCGAAAAGUGCCAGAUAGUCUCAUUCGUUCUCUUGUUGGUGGAAAACAUCACGACAAGCACGAGAAGUCUGCGGCGCCGCAAUUAGUGAACUGCAAGUUUUGUGCUAAUUCUGCGGAUUUGAAAAGACUGGAGAGCAAAAUGCUGUUUCUGAAGCAAGAAAUGGCACAUCUGCGAGCCAUUGAUGCAAAGCUGAUGCAGGAGCUCAUGUCAAUCAACGAGGGCAUUGAAUCCAUCCGUUGGAUGAUAGAAGACAAAGGAGGUGUUGCCAGCCAAGAUGGCAGCUUGACAGGCAGCUUGUACAGCCUAUCAGACAGCCAGGAUGGUACCUCACUGCGAGGUAGCUUCAACAGCUUGAAUGAUGCCAACAGUGACGGCCUAGACGGCCUGUCGGUCGGCAGUUACCUGGACACUCUAGCAGAAGACCUCCCAGAUGACCCAUCACCUACUGACCUUGAUUGUUUUGUGGAUAAAACUGUGAUUGACAGUGACUCUUUUAGCAAAUCACCACUGAAACUCAGGGUGGAAACAGAUGAAUACUACUGCUUUGGAUAAUGAUGAUAAGCUAAACACAGUGGUUACAGAGACUACUGAGAUAUAUUGUAAAGAAAAAAUUUAAAAUGUGUUCUUUACUUUGACAAAUGGAUACAACUGUCAGGUUAUUUUUCCCACGUUUCACAUUUUUCUCAUUAUAACUUAAUUAAAUAAGUCCUGUUACCUUUUUCCAUUGAAACCAAUUUCCUUAUGUUAUGGAUUUGAUACACCUCAUCAAACCAUUGCCACUUAAUGUCACUCCAAAUACAAAUGAAGACACUGUAACAAUUCCAUAUGUCUUAAUUUUUUAUAAUGCAGAUUAACUCAACUAAAAAGGUGCUUUAUUAUUCAGAACGGCCGAAAGUUAUCCAAUACCUCAGCAGUUUCUUUUUUAUGUCUUAGACUAAAUUUACUGACGAGAGUGUGUAUUAAAGCAGUGACUCCAGCAGUUUCCUUCUUCAUCUGUGGAACAUUCAACUUGGACUUUUUGUGGUAGGUUGACCACAAUCAGCUGAUCUAAGUAAAGAAGUAGAUUAGGAUUUAGUAGUCAUUUGGAAAAUUGGACAUUUCAUGCUGUGUGAAUCAAGAGCCUAAACUUCUUAAAGUGGCAAAGAGGUUAGUUUAAGUGUUAAGUGCAAUUUGCUCCCAUGCCAAAUUUUGAGCACCACCUACUGUAUAUGCUGAGCUUUACAUUAUUUUUUGCUUAAAAUGUUUUGACUGAUGCGAGUUCCUAAGCUAAAUCCCACUCAGCAACUGUAGAAUUUACAACAGUAAGUCUUACACACAAGAGAUUAGUUGCACAUUGAAAGCCCAGAUGCUUGUCUGAAAACCAAAGCAAUUUGAUUGUCUCAUAGAUAGUUCAGGCCUAAGGCGAAACCCUGUUAAGACCAGAUGGGGGAUGUGUUGAUGGUGCACAUAAGUGAAACACAUGUUUGCUUUGUGGGUUUUAAUGAGAGCUACACAUUGCUGUGCAUAAAUGUAUUGUUUUAGUUUUAAACUUGUUGAUUUGUUCGACAUUCGUGUUUUGUGUGGCCUGCUUUUUAUAGUUGUUAUAAUAAUUACUGCUAAUUUUGUUGUGGAAAUGAAAUAAUAUAUUGUAAUUUU